ACUUGAGCUGCAAAAAGCAAAGUUCAUUAAGUGUAAAUAAAGAUGUUUAGCUCAGAUAUGAAAUAAAUGACAACUGCUAAGACACAGGAAGUUUAUUGAUUUUUUAUUAGUAUAUAUUAUGCAUAAAAGUAAAGCAGCAUAGUAACCUAAACGGUUCAAACCUGCGCACUAAACUUAUGCACCAUGAUGCUCAGAACUGUCUCCAGCUCACCACUGGCUCCAUCAGUGAAGGUGAAAUUAUUACAUGCAGGAUUUCAUACAGGAGCAGAUCUACAAGAUGUAGAACCACAUCAGCUGUGCAGAGAUGCAGGAAUAUCUCAGAAGGAUGCAGAGGAGGUUUUGCAGACAUUCCUGAAUGAUCCCCGACAUCUCGGCUGUGAGAAAGCAGCAGUAGAAGGUCUGACCGCGCUGGAUCUUCUGCAGCAGGAGCAGAGCCGGGGCAGCAUCGUCACCUUUUGUUCAGAACUGGAUGCUGCUCUCGGAGGCGGCGUUGCGGUGGGCAGGAGCACCGAGAUCUGUGGUGUUCCAGGCAUCGGAAAGACUCAGCUGUGUUUGCAGCUGGCUGUGGACGUGCAGAUCCCGGCGUGUUUCGGUGGACUUGGUGGAAAAGCCCUGUUCAUUGAUACAGAGGGCAGUUUUGUGGUCCAGAGGGUGGUGGACAUGGCUGAAGCAGCAGUGGAGCACUGUGCCCUGCUAGCAGAGGAUGAAGAGCAGCGCAGAGCUUUGGAGGACUUCACUCUGGAGAAGAUCCUUUCUGGAGUUUUCCUCGUCCGCUGCCGUGAUUAUGUAGAUCUGCUAGCUGAGGUUUACCUCCUGCCGGACUUCCUGAAGAAACAUCCAGAGGUGCAGUUGGUGGUGAUCGACAGUAUCGCCUUCCCGUUCCGCCAUGAUUUUGAGGAUCUCUCACAGAGAACGCGUCUGCUUAACGGAUUUUCCCAGCAGCUCAUCCAGUUAGCGGCUCAGCGCAGUAUAGCGGUAGUAUUGACCAAUCAGAUGACCACCAAAAUCGCAGACGGCCAAUCCAAACUCGUCCCUGCUUUGGGUGAGAGUUGGGGUCACGCAGCCACACACAGACUGCUUCUACACUGGGACGGAGCAGUAAGGUUGGCGUCUCUCCUCAAAUCACCCAGCCACCCUGAUGCCACCGUCCACUAUCAGAUCGCUGCGGAAGGAUUCAGAGAUUCUGAGAGUGAUGAAGUUCGUCCCUCAGUCUCGUCUCACGGCCCUGCAGCAAACCACAGCAAACGUCCUCGUACCCAAACUCCACACGAUUAAACUCCUCCACACGAUUAAACUCCUCCACAUUCUGCUUUUAUACGAGAGGAACUGAGGAAUCAUUUACAUGGAUCAAACACUUUCUGUUAAAAUGAUUUAUGCUUGUACAAGCGACUUUCAAGCGUCCAUGACGAUUUAUUUUUGUUAUUAAAUAUGUUUCUAUUUUUCUAUAAGCAUUUCUGCCUCUGGUACUGUGUAUUUGUCACACUUAAUAAGGCUUUAGGACUCAAUCAAACCACAGUGAGAGCUCUAUCUCCAAAUUGAGGAAACUUGAGGUGAAUCUUCCUAGCAGUGGCCAAGCUGCUAAAAUUUCUCCAAGAGGUCAGCAACAACUCAUCCAGCCUGUAAAGCCCGUUGUGAUUUAAAGCUUGCUUGACUGUGGAUGGUGACCCCACUUCCCAGCUUUGUGGUGCUUUUUCUUUUUUUUUCUUUUUUUUUGGGGGGGGAGGGGGGG